AGUUGAUCCUCUUAUCUCACCAAUACAAGGCAUUUGCAUGAACCAGCUAUAGUUGGUCAACGCCUGGUCAAAGUCUGAGUUAGUAUUUGAGAAAGAAGACCUCCCAACUGAUUAAUGGGAGAGAAGCAGUCAAACGCGAAUCUCGAACUGCUGCGGUCUCCUUUUUCUUAUUUUGCGGAAGAAGACAGGUGUCGCGAUCACGUGCGUCUUUCGAAAAACAAAAGAAAGAGCGAAGCGUGUUUUGACCAAAGCUAGCUCGCCGUCACCGUUGGUUGCCCAUCGGACGGCUCAUAGCUUGCCAACAUUUUUUGGGUGCCAAAAUGGUGCGAGAUCACAUCGAUGUAAUCGGAGCCGUCCGUUGCGGGAGCCUGACGCUUGUGAUCGGAAGCCAGCUGUGCGAGGACAAAAUGGUAAUAUCAAAACGACACAGAGGAAGACGGUGGUUGGAUGUUGGGUAAAAAGCUUAAAUGACGCCCCCCCCUUCCCCGUCACUUUUUUUCCCGCGUUGGAUCGAGACGCAAACCCCUCGCUAAAACCCUACCCUUUUGAUCCGACUCCACAUCCGUCUUUUCAUGUUUUAAGAGGUUUGUGUGAGUGGAAAGGAGGAGGCGAAACGAGUGUCCCUCUUUUUGGUCGAAUCGGAAUCCAUGGCUUUGCUCUUCCUUUUUGGGAUGAUUUGCGGCUUGUAGAGAUAUAGAGAGAGAGAGAGAGAGAGGAGUUGUUCGGUCUGCGAUGGAUCGCAGGGAGGAGUUGAAGUUUUCUGAGCACGUCGUCAAGACGAGGAAGACGAUCCUGCCGAAGAGAGCGGCUUCCCGGGGAUCAGAAUGCCGGAAGAGGGUCGUCCGGAUCCACUUCGAUGAUGUGGAUGCUACCGAUUCGUCGUCGAGUGACGGAGAGUGUGGCGCCCGCCGGCUUGUUAGGCGGCAGGUGCACGAGAUCGGGAUCGAGGUGGUUCCCGUGCCGCGGCGGAGGGCGGCGGUGACGAGGAAGGAGACGGCGGCGAGAGGAGGGGAGAGCGGGAGGAGGAAGUUCCGCGGGGUGCGGCGGCGGCCGUGGGGCCGGUGGGCCGCCGAGAUCCGCGACCCGCGCCAGCGGAAGCGGGUCUGGCUCGGGACGUUCGACACGGCCGAGGAGGCGGCCACGGUGUAUGACAUGGCCGCCGUGCGGCUGAAAGGCUCGAAGGCGGUGACCAACUUCCCGGCCGCGAGACCGGCGGCACAGACGACCGAGGAAGAAGAAGCGAAGUGCGAAGUCAGGGGAGGAGGCGGCGGCGUGACCGGGGCGCGCUCCUCUCCGACGUCAGUGCUCCAUUACGGCGACGAGUGGGCGCCGUUCGACUAUACCGGCAACGACGAAGUCGACCCCUUCGGGUUCGGAGCUGACGCGUCCCCGCUAUUCUUCACGGAGUACUGCCGCCCGACGCGUCGAUUGUUGCAGGCGGAGUUCGGCGACUUCGACGCCGAGGAUUUCUCCUAGCGGAUGGACUGUUACGGGUCCCGGGCAGUAUUGUUCACAGGGGUAGUGUCGUCCUUUCACGAGUUGCUUAUAGCUUAAAUUAUUUUUAUGUACUAUUAAUGUUUUUGUUUUUGUCAUGUUCGGGGAACAAAACAUGGAGGAGCAGUUAUUUGAGUGAAGCGUGAAAGAGAGAGUGAGCAUAGAGUAGAUGGAGCUUUUCUUGGAAUCUAAGCUUGUGACGUGUCACA